AUGCUGGGCGAGACCUACCUGACGAUAAUGAGAUGGUAUAAGGGUUUCAACCCGUGGAAGUCAGAGGUGAAGUCAACGUUAAUAUGGGUGCAAUUACUAGAGUUACCAAUCGAGUUCAUUAACAAAGAAGCUGCGAUGAAGAUAGGGACCUUGAUUGGGAAACCAUUACGGGUUGAUAGAGCAAUUGAGGAGGGAGCUAGGGGAAAGUUCGCACGUGUUUGGGUGGAGGUAGACCUCAUGAAACCGCUCCUAUCCAAGUACAAGAUUGAGGGCAUUGAAUAUCUUAUUCAAUAUGAGGGACUUGACAAUAUUUGCACUGAUUGCGGGAGAUACGGAAAACCCACAGCUCGAUGCUAG